AUGGCUCUCACCAUUCCAGAAGGGAUCAUUCUUCUAGGGUUCAGAUCCAUGGGAUUUAGUAUUCAUACUACUAAGUAUCUAUCAGAAUUAGUUGGCUAUGUGGAAGAUUAUACUCUAGAAGAAAGAAAUCCAACCCAAAAAGAGGAUGAAACAUAUCUCAUGUAUGUCUCGGGAAAAACAAAUGGUGCUGGGCCUGACCCGAGAACAAGCAAAAUAGUACAGUCAACAAUUGAAGAAUGUCGCGAAGCUUAUGCUACAUGGAUAAACAUGGCUCAUGAGUUGUUGAAGCAAAAGAACCUUGAAAAACAAGAAGAGAGCGCUCCUACUGCUGGUGGGGCACAAACUAGCGCAGUAUAUUUAGAUGGUGAACAAAUAGCCGGAGGAUCUUCAGAGAGUUCACAAGAGCCAAAUAACCCUGGAAUUCUACCCCUUUCAUCUGACAUCGUUCGUUCUAAUCGCAACGUUGACAACCAGUUGCAAGGAAAUCUGAUUGACUCAACGUCUAUUUCAUGAAUGUUAAGAGAAUGCGUGACAAAGUUCCGGGCUUGUUUAAAAAGUCAGAGCCAUCUCUCGCUAU